CGUUACACACAUCUCUCUUUCUUACCCUCGUAUGUCGCCAACUCUGCACCAAUCAUUUCCUUGAAACCUCUCUCUUCUUUCUUCAACCACGCUACCACUCUUUCUUUCUCUCUCCCUCUCCCUCCCCCCUUUGUUUCUCUCGCUCUCUCCGCCUGAGAAACCCCGUUUUCGUGGCGGGAACAAGGUUUGACCUUUAGGUGAGAGAUCCUUGUGGGGUGGUGGUUGUUUUUGUUUUUUUGUUUUUUUCGUUGCUGUUUUGAUUUUCCUCUGGGGCUUUUGAAGACAUGGAGGUUUCGGUCGCGACACCUAGAAAGUCAAUAGCGGAAAAGGUAUUUAGAGGAUUGAAUCAGGUGAGUAACAGCCAGAAGAAACGUGGCAAUGAUGCUCAGAAUAAUCACGAUGAGGACAUCGAUGGUGGGUUGGAGCUCAUGGAGAUUGGAGCUGAAAGGACCAAGAACGUGUUGAUUCUCAUGAGUGAUACUGGUGGCGGUCACAGAGCUUCUGCUGAGGCCAUCCGUGAUGCCUUUCAAAUUGAAUUUGGUGAUGAGUACAGGAUAUUUGUUAAAGAUGUCUGGAAAGAGUAUACGGGGUGGCCAUUGAAUGACAUGGAGGGACAAUAUAAAUUCAUGGUUAAGCAUGUACAGCUAUGGAGGGUUGCAUUUCAUAGUACUUCUCCUAGAUGGAUUCACUCUAUGUAUUUGGCUGCCAUCGCUGCCUACUAUGCCAGGGAGGUAGAGGCGGGGCUGAUGGAGUACAAGCCUGAUAUUAUAAUUAGUGUCCAUCCCUUGAUGCAGCAUAUUCCAUUGUGGGUUCUAAAGUGGCAAGGUUUGCAGAAGAAAGUGAUUUUUGUGACCGUGAUCACAGACCUUAGUACCUGCCAUCCUACUUGGUUUCAUCCUUGGGUGAAUAGAUGUUACUGUCCUUCAACAGAGGUGGCUAAGAAAGCCUUCCAAGAAGGCCUUGAGGAGUCUCAAGUCCGCGUUUUUGGCUUGCCCAUCAGGCCUUCCUUUGCUCGUGCAGUUCUUGUGAAGGAUCAAUUAAGAGAAGAACUCGAAAUGGAUCCCAACUUGCCAGCAGUUUUGCUGAUGGGAGGUGGUGAAGGAAUGGGUCCUGUCAAGAAAACUGCAAAGGCUUUAGGAGAAGCACUUUUUGAUAAAGAAGCUGAGAAACCAAUCGGGCAGAUGGUGAUCAUAUGUGGUCGUAAUAAGAACUUAGCAUCUACCCUUGAAUCUCUUGAAUGGAAGAUUCCAGUAAAGGUUAGAGGAUUUGAGACCAUUAUGGCUAAAUGGAUGGGAGCCUGUGACUGCAUCAUAACAAAAGCUGGACCAGGUACAAUUGCAGAAGCAUUGAUCAGAGGGCUUCCUAUAAUCCUCAAUGACUAUAUCCCUGGACAGGAAAAGGGUAAUGUGCCGUAUGUGGUAAACAAUGGAGCUGGUGUCUUCACCCGUAGUCCUAAGGAAACAGCAAGAAUUGUAGCCGAGUGGUUCAGCACAAAAUCAGAUGAACUGAAAACAAGGUCAGAGAAUGCACUCAAAUUAGCACAACCAGAGGCUGUGUUUGACAUCGUGAGGGACAUUCACGAGCUUGCUCAACAACGUGAGCCAGCAAAUUUUCCAUACUUGUUGACCUCAUCAUUUAAUAGCCUAAUCUAAUUGAUUGUUUGGGCAUCUUUCACAUUAAUUUUUUUUCCAUUAGAGUUGACAUGUACAGUUAACUUUUCAAAUUAUAUCAUUUUUUCCUCGUGGCUUGGUCUUACCAUAAUAAGCUACAAAUUGUGGUAAACAAGCUCUGGUUUUAAAAGACUUAUUUAGGAUGUUUGUGGGAGGGGGAUGGAUUGUCAGUAACUUCAUGGUGGAUUAUCAUUGUACUGUACAUUUCAGUCUAAUGGUUUCUCUUCAUUUUUUUCUCUUUGGGAUUGUACUUGGCACUUGAAAAACAAAAUUUUGUCUUUGUAGGGGCUGCUUUAUUAUGCAACAUAAGUUGUUUAAGUUAUCCCUUGA